AUGCGCCGCGUCGAUGCGCAGCUUACGUCGCAGCUGGACCCGGAUGAAAAAAUUGCGCGGCUCUUUUCGCGGCGCUCGCCGGAGCGUGUGCCUUCGGGCUCGAUCGUGCUUGUAGAGUCGUAUCUGACGCCUGCAAAGACAAACACGACUACCUUUUCUGGUGUGCUAAUUGCCGUGCGCCGCGCGGGCGUUGCUACUUCGUUUGUCUUGCGCACUAUUGCGAAUAAGCUGGGUGUAGAGACCCGGUUCCAUGCGUACAGCCCUAUGAUUAAGGAGAUCCGUGUCGUUCAGCGUGCUGAUGCGCGCAAAGGCCAGCCGGGGCUCUUGCGUGCUCGCCGCGCAAAGCUGUAUUAUAUGGCGCGCCGCGAUGAUCGCCGGGUCAAUUCGGUCGCGAGUGUGGUGAAGCAGUUCAGGGCGUCCGAGCAGCAGCAUGCUAAGCAGGGCGCACGUCGGAAAUAG